UUACCUUGCGUGUCACCGGAAGUUCUUCCUGUUACUGCCGGCGGGCGGCUGGGUCCACGCAGCUGUCACUUCAGAUGAAAAGUUAUGACAAAUUAAAAUCCAAUACAGUUUUGAAAAUAUGACAACAGAUGUCAAAAUGGAGAAUAAAGUUCCAAUUGUACGAUCCAUCCGUGGACCUGGAGAUGGAAUGGAAACAGAGGAACCAGCCAAACCAAUGGAAAAUACAUCAGGAAUAAAUAGAAAAGAUCAUUAUCCUUUACGAACUAAGCCUGGAAUUCUUCAGCUUGGGAAAAUUCAACCAAGCCAAGCAAUUGAAGUAGAAGCCAUGAGGAUUUUGGUCCCCAAAGCUGCUGUAAUUCAUGAUCUUCCUGCAAAGAGCUUAAAGCUAACUGAUUCUGCAGGUUCCUAUAAAGGUGAAUUGUCAAAUCAAUUAGAAAAUACAAUUGAACUCAAGAGAGAGGUGACUGAACUUAAAGUUGCCAUUGAAAAAUCUGAAUAUUCAGAAAGAAAACUCCUUCAGGAUAAGGAAGGGCUUGCUAAUCAAAUCCGAGUUCAGAUUGAGGUGAAUCGUGAGCUGAAAAAAUUGCUUGUGGCGUCCGUUGGCGAUGAUCUUCAGUAUCAUUUUGAACGCAUGGCUCGUGAAAAAAAUCAGCUAAUCUUGGAGAAUGAAGCUCUGAGUCAGAACCUGGCUCAGCUUUCUGAGCAGCUGGAGAGGAUGACCAUACAGUGUGAUGUGUGGCGCAGCAAGUUUCUGGCCAGCAGAGUAAUGGCUGAUGAGCUGUCCCGUUCCAGGACAUCAUUACAGCGUCAAAUUAGAGAAACUCAAAGUGCUAUUCAGGAUCUACUCAUGGAGCGUGAACAAUUUCGUCAGGAUAUGGUUGACUCCCAUAGAUUCCUUGAGGAGCUCUUGGUAUCACUACAGUGGGGCCGGCAACAAACCUACUACCCUAGUGCCCAACCAUUCACAACAGCAGAACUUGCAUCUGCCAAUCAUAAGUUAGCUGAGGCUGUAAGUUGUCAUCUUCUUGGAAAACUAAGUAUUAGUGAUUCAUCAAAGACCAACAAGCAAAUUGAAUUCUGCAGCACACCUGCUGAAAAAAUGGCUGAAAAGGUUUUAAAGAUGUCGGAUCCUACACUAUGUGGUAAAGGAACAGCAGAGAUACAAUUCUGUGAUACAUCUCCAGCCUCAUUUCUCCCUAAUAAAAAGAGCAUUGGACGAUUUCAUCCAUACACCAGAUAUGAAAAUAUCACAUUUAAUUGUUGUAACCAUUGCACAGGAGAAUUGAUAGUCCUGUGAAAUAGCUUUUUUAAUGAAAAUAUUGUAUUGUUAGCAAAUGCUCCCCCUUCAAUUUCUUGUCAACUACUUAAGUACUUUGAAGCUAUCAAACAUAUAUAUUUGUAUGCUUCUUUACAAAUAAUUAUUUGCAUAUUGAAAUCAUGUUUACAUUCACUUUAAGAAAUACUAAGUAUUCUUCCCUGUUGGUGUUUUUCUCCAUAUUGCCAGAACCUUUAUCUUGAGGAUCAUUUAAUUAUAAUGAAAAUGAUAAUGUAUUUAUUUUUAAUGUCUGUGUAUCUUCAAAAGAAUGAAAGUACACACAGUAUUUAUCUGCACAUGUUCCUGAUACAAAUGCAGCAGAGAUUUCCAUAAUUCACAUCUAGGAAACUGUUAAUUAGAUCAGUGCAUUUUCUAUGAAUUUGCUUAUAAUUGAAGAGAGUCUCUGUUUUUGUAGUGAAAUGUGUGAAUAUUUCUGAUAAACUCUUGCAAUCUGCUUUAUAAUUUUUGUCCA